GAGAGAGAGAGAGAGAUACGGCUUCAAGCAGAGAACGAAGUUCUGUAGUGGUGGUGGAGGUUCAUUCGAGCCUUGCAUGGAGAUGUGUGUCCAUAACUAACGCAACAGAUCAGUCGUCGCGAUCGAGAUCCGCCGGAGUUCUGACGGCUUUUUCCACGGCACAUCCAUACGAUCUACGGCAAGCGAUCGACAUGCUCGUUCGGUUCAUCACCAGAGAAUUGAAGUUCGUCUCGGAUGAUCUUUUCCGGAGGAGAAGCGCGAGGUAUUAUUCUUCCACGGGUGGUGCUGCUGGUAGCGGAAGGCUUGAAGGAAAGGUGGCCCUCAUAACCGGAGGUGCAAGCGGUUUGGGCAAGGCCACUGCCCGAGAAUUCGUCCAACAUGGAGCCCGGGUCGUCAUCGCCGACAUCGACACCCAGCUGGGCCCUCAGGUGGCCCAAGAUUUGGGCCCAGGAUCGCACUUCAUCCACUGCGACGUUACAAAUGAGGUUCAAGUCGCAGAAGCUGUAGACAUCGCCGUGGCCCGCCAUGGAGGGCUCGAUAUAAUGUACAACAAUGCCGGCAUAGCCGGAUCUGCAAUCCCACCCAGCAUAACCGACCUCGACCUUGACGAGUUCGACCGGGUCAUGCGUGUCAACGUCCGAGGCAUCAUGUCCGGGAUAAAGCACGCGGCCCGGGUCAUGAUUCCUGCUGGGUCAGGCUCCAUCCUCUGCACGGCUAGCAUUAGUGGGCUAAUGGGCGGGCUUGGACCUCACCCUUACACCGUAUCCAAAUUCGCGAUCCCGGGGAUCGUGAAGUCCGUGGCAAGCGAGCUGUGCCGGCAUGGGGUCAGGGUUAACUGUAUAUCUCCAAGCCCAAUACCGACGCCCCUGGUGGUGGGCCAGUUCGCCGGAUUCUACUCGGGCCUUACGCAGGAGCAGAUCGUGGACUUGGUAAAUGGGCUGGGGGAGCUUAAAGGAGCCGUGUGUGAAGAGACAGAUGUUGCCCGGGCCGCCUUGUAUCUGGCAUCGGACGAUGCAAAAUAUGUGACGGGCCAUAACCUUGUUGUGGAUGGAGGAUUCACUUGCUUUAAAAAUCUUCAAAUGCCCAACAUCAAUCAUCAGAACAUGUAAAGACACUAGUUGUUUGUCAACUUUUGAAAAUAUUUUACUGCCAUAUCCUUUCUA